AUGGUACAUAAUUAUGAAAAUGAUAAUAGUAAUAGUAAUAGCAAUAGUAAUAACAAUAGUAGGAAUAAUAGCAGAAGUAAUAGUUUAGAUUACGAUGGUAGCAAAGAUAAUAAAAACAUUGUAUCAUCUUCAUCACUGUCAUCAUCAUCAUCCUCUUCAUCCUAUUUAACAUCAUCGAGCUCAAUGACUAGUACUACUACACCACUAAAUGAUAUAACUUUGGCCAACAAUACUAUAUCAUUUAUAAAUUUGCCAUUGGAAAUAAUCGAUUCAAUAUUACAUCUUGUUGGACAAUCGACGUUACGAUCGGCGUCAAUGGUAUCAAAGCAAUGGAAUGUCGUGGUCAACUCGCUUUGGCAUACAAUCGAUUUGUCGAAAUCACAUAAUCACCUGACGCACAUCUCAUCCAAGCUCAACCAAUUGAAACAACAAAACAACCCAACAAAACAAACAAGGAAAAAAGAAAAGGUUGCUAAUAAACAGAAAAAACAAGAACAAGAUGAUUUGUACAUGGACAAGACAUCAUCUGACCAUGAUAAUAUAGUGGUGACGCUACCAACUAGUAGUACCCCACCAACGGCACCAACAACAACCAAAAAACUAAACUCUUUGGAAUCAAUCAUCCAAAACAUGAUAUUAAACUAUGGAUUUCUAAUCCCAGGAAGCGGACCAGACAGCACCUCACCACCCAUCUUUCAAAGACAAAUGUUGCGCUCGAAAAAGGUACAACAAGACAUUUCCAUACAGUUGGAUGUUCGCAUUGAACGCUUUUUUAGUGGACUGGCUGUACGAUAUUGUCGAGUAGAGGUGCUAGACCUAAGUGGAUGCGUCGACAUGAAACUCGAGUCGCUUUCCACACUCGCUCAAGCAUUUUCAUCUACAUUGACCAAACUCGUCACACGUAGAUGUCGGUCGACUAGCAUGGUUGAUGCAGACUUUGCAGACCAAGUGAUAUCGUAUCUACCUAAAUUGGAAACAUUGGCAAUUGGUGAAAUGCCCUAUAUUGGCGACAAAACCAUAGAAAGAGCAGUUUCCAUCGCGCCAUCUCUCAAAGCUCUGGGAUUGGGAAAAUGUCUGACCAUAAACGACCAAGCAAUUGCCCAUCUCGUCCCAAUCGCAUCGAGAAUCAAGACUAUAGGACUCAACAAUCUGACACAAUUGUCGGACCUUGCAGUGCGAUCGCUUGGAGUGCUCUGCCAAAACAUUGUUAUAUUUAGUAUCAGCAACAUGAAACAUCUUUCAUCCGACACUUUAUCAGCGAUUGCAUUGGCGUGUCCUCGACUGGGCUCGUUUGAUAUUGGUGGUUGUGACAAUGUCGAUGAUAAUGUACUCGAAGCCAUUGCAAGUAAUUGUCAUCAACUCUUCCAAUUCAACAUUAGCAAAUGCACCCUCGUGUCAUCACACGCCAUCGACAUGGUCAUUCAACGAUGUAGACAAAUUAAAAUCCUAUUUCUCAGUAAAACUGCAGUCGACGACGAUUGUAUUCUAAACGCAAUAGAUAUUUUACCAUUAGAAAUUUUAAUUUCAAUUGGUUGUUCCAAUUUAACAGAUAGAGUAUUACAAUCAUUGUUCAAGAUUGGAAACGAACGAUUAAGUAAAAUGAUCGUUAGUUUAAAUUCAUGUCCACAUAUUUCCGAUUCAUUACUUUCUAUUUUACAACAUUUAACCAAACAAUCCAACAACAGUUGUUUUACAGAAGAUUAA